CAUAAGUAGUCUGUACAAGCAGCAACAUCCUCUUUAAGAUCUGAUUCCUUGUUUCUCACAGGAAAGUGAAUACAGUGCUUUUAAAUGUGGUAAAUUCAUCUAUAACUUUAUACCACCUCUGCCAUUAAAAAGCUGGAUUAAUAACUGUAUCAUUGUUAUUUAUGGUAGGGGAAUAUGCGUGCAUGCCGUAUAAAUCAUGAUGUCCCGUCGCUGUGGCAUUAUCAUACACUCCACUGGAGGUUGAAGAUUUAUGAUUUAAUGGCGGGAGAUGUUCAUACAUUGUGUUCUGAUUAUCUGUGUACUGUGUGUUGUGUCUGACAGGUUACAGGCCCUUCAGCGUUACCGCUGUAAAUCAGCGUGUUUCAGAGUGAAUAUAUACAUGACAUGAAGUGGAUGGCUCCUCAGAAGGCCAGCGGAUCCUACUCGUGCUCAAGCAACAUGUCGACAAAGGCAGAUCUAGAAGCUAUGGAGAACCAGAUAUCCACCAUCCAAAUCAGCUCCCAUGGAGAGACGCCUAACCGGGGGUUCAAGCCUGUGGAGAAGGGCCGCAAUUGGGGAUGGCUCCUGUCUGGGUUCAUCUCCUUAAACGCUCUGCUUUUGGGAAUCGCCAUCGUGAGUGGAAGUGUCUUCAACAAGGUCCAGAUCACUUCCUCUCACCUUUUGAUCUUCCUCAUCUUGCUGGUCAUCCUGUCCACUGUGUGGAUGCUUUACUAUAAAGUGCACACUUCCCGGGUGUACCGCGCAGUGCUCUACAAGGACAGUCAUGCCGGACCUGUUUGGCUGAGAACUGGACUGGUUUUGUUUGGGAUCUGCAGUGUAAUCAUGGACAUCUUCAAGAUUAUUUUUUACGUGGGUCGAAUGAACUGCGAAUCGCCUGUCAAAAUAGCCUUCCCCGUUGUGCAAGCGGUGUUUGUCAUCGUCCAGACAUACGUGCUCUGGAUUCAUGCUAAAGACUGUGUGCAAAUCAAGCAAAACAUCACACGUUGCGGCCUGAUGUUGACUCUGUCCACCAACCUCAUGGUGUGGAUGAUGGCUGUGACUGAGGAGUCGCUCCACCAGACUGUGGCUCCAGUCAAACCUCCGACCAACAACAACAGCUACAACGACACACUUGAUGGUCGUGCUGCAGCCAGUGAAUGUGAGUGUCUCCAUAACAUGUGCGACCUCUUUGAGAAGGCCUACUACUACCUGUACCCCUUCAACAUCGAGUACAGCCUCUUCGCCUCCGCCAUGACCUACGUGAUGUGGAAGAACGUCGGCCGCAAGAUGGACGACCACCACAGCCACAAGCUGCACUUCAGCCUGUGGGACGUCCUGGUGGGUCCGCUGGCGGGCCUGAUCGUCCUGGUGGCGGGUCUGGCUACGUUUGUGGUGUACGAAGUGGACGUGUCUAAAGACGACCCUAAGAAGAAGGAGGAGGCUCUGAUAAUGCACUACAUCAUGAACAUAGUGGCCGUCCUGCUCAUGUCCAGCUCCGCUCUCGCCGGAUGCAUCCUCUUCCGCAUGGACAAGCGAGAGCAGGUGUCGGGGAAGAACCCAACGCGGAGUCUGGAUGUGGGACUCCUGGUGGGAGCGUCAUUGGGACAGUUCCUCAUCUGCUACUUCACUAUAGUCGCUGUUUUGGCGUCUGGCGUCCAAGGCCACACGAAUGGGCUCAACCUAGCAUGUGCUAUGCUAACGGUGAUCGAGCUGUGCAUUCAGAAUGCCUUCCUCAUCAAGGGCCUCCAUCGGGAGCCCUUUAAGGAGACUGAGGUGGCCACCGUCUUCGCCAACGUCAUGGCUGUGAAGGAGCGAGACCCAGAGAGACGGAGCAGCUCCAUCGUGCCCGCACACACACUCCCCAUCCCGCUGACUCUACUGCAGGGCCGGAUGUCCUGGAAGAGGAGGGUCCUGAAGGAGAUCUGCGCCUUUCUGUUGCUCUGCAAUGUCACGCUCUGGAUAAUUCCAGCCUUCGGAGCGCGGCCUCAGUUCGACAACACCGUUGGGCCAGACGUUUAUGAGUUCCAAACGUGGGCCGCCGUGGUAAACAUCGGAAUGCCAUUUGGGAUCUUCUACCGAAUGCACUCGGUGGCGAGUCUGUUUGAGGUGUGCCUCGCUGCCUAAAGCAGACCACCAUCCCAGAACUGUACCACCCCAAUGCACAUAUCUAUGUAAAAUAAUAUAUUUUUAUAGACUAUUUUUGUUUAGCCAAAUGUUUUAUAUUUUACUAUGUUUUUACCACAUAACGCAAUGUUUAUAUGUUAGCAUGAGUGUAUGGCAAGCCAAAUUAGCUAAAAUUGCACACAACUUGUCAUAAUUGCAUUUCUACUAGUAAUGAUUACAAUUUUGGAGCUUUUGAGUUCAAUUUUUACUAACAAAAAUUACAAUUAGAGUCCUGUAAUUUUAUUUUACUAGUUAUGUGUCUCUAUUGACUUCCAUAUUCAGUGCAUCGGGAAAGUAUU